CCCCGCUACUCCGACGGCCGCCUCCUCAUCGACUUCCUCUCCUCCCUCCUCUCCCUCCACUUCCUCCCCCCUUACCUCCACCUCGGCUCCUCCUCCCCCUCCAACGGCGUUAAUUUCGCAGUUGCGGGGGCCACCGCCAUCGAGCAUGAGUUCUUUGUGAGGAAUAACAUGAGCCUGGAUAUAACUCCUCAGACUUUGGGGACUCAGCUCGAGUGGUUUGAUAAGUUUUUAGAGGGGAGGGGGUGUAGUGGGGAGAGGUUGAGGGAGUGUGGGGAGGUGGGGGAGGAUGCUUUGUUCUGGGUUGGGGAGAUUGGGGCUAAUGAUUAUGCUUAUAGUAUUGGGUCUGAGAUGACGCCGAAAGAGAUCAGAGAACAUGCUGUGAAGAAUGUAGCCAUUUUUGUGAAGGCACUGCUUGAUAGAGGAGCCAAGUACAUAAUAGUCCAAGGCCUCCCCCUAACUGGUUGCCUACCACUAGCAAUGAUCCUAUCCCCAACCACCGACAGAGACGACCUCAACUGCUCCGCCAGCGUCAACACCUACAGCAACCUCCACAAUUCCCUCCUCCAAUCCAAGCUUCAACAACUCCGAAGUCAAUACCCCGCUGCUCUCAUCUCCUAUGCUGAUUACUACAGCGCUCACAGAACCAUCAUGAAGAAUCCAGAAGCUCAUGGCUUCAAUGAGCCUUUCAAGGUUUGCUGUGGCUCAGGGGGUGGCCCCUACAAUUUUGACCCUUUUGCCACGUGUGCAUCGCCCAAGGCCCAGAAAGCUUGUUCUAAUCCGAGAAAGUUUGUGAAUUGGGAUGGAGUUCAUCUCACCGAAGCUGUAUAUAAGAAUGUAGCUGAUAUGUUCUUUCAUCAGAAUUACUGUCGACCAUCCUUCAGUGUUCUUCUUAGCGACAAGAAGAAUAGGGGAUGAGGGAGAUGCAACUGAUUUUGUCUAUCAAUAGCCUGAGAGUACUAGUAUUAGAUGAUUCAGUGUCUAGCUAUGAUUCAGAUUUCAGAUAGCCAUUAGAUUGAUCACACUACUAAGUGCCAAUCUCGGGUUUCCAGAUAAGGAAAGAUAUGUAACAAGAAGACCAUGUGAAAGACAAUGGCUAAUAUAUGCAGUUUUAUCUUUCUUUCAAAAUCUAGACUUUAUAGCAAAUAAAUAUGCUGUUCAAGGCUUUAUGAUU